AUGACGACGGAGAUGUUGGGAGAUGAUCUUCCAAGGGAUUUGGUAGAGGAUGAGAUACUGACCCGUGUCCCGGCUACGUAUCUGAAAGGAUUGGGAUCUACUUGUAAACGAUGGAACCUUAUGUUUGACGGUAGCCGGAGAUUCGCUAGAAAGCACAGUGACGAAGCGGCAAAGCAGUUUAUGGUUCUCUUCCUGAGGAGGACCUUGAGGAUUUGUUCGGUAGUCGUCGAGGAGAAAUCUGUGCCUGUGCCUCUUCCCUAUCAGCAGCGUAGUUAUAUUGAUGUUACGGGUCUUUCCGUUGUUAAAGACGAGAAACUUGCGGUCUUGUUACAGCAGAAACAUGAUUCCGAGACUGAGAUAUGGGUGACAAAUAAGAUGGAGACCACCCAAGAAGUGGUGUCGUGGAGCAAGGUCUUCGCAUUUCAUAUGAGCCCUGGUUUUCAACUUUUUGACCAUACAAAGUUCUUGCUCGACGAGGAGAAGAAAGUCGUCAUGCUUGCUCUGUGUCAUCUUGACUUUGACGACGAGGACAAUAUCAGAGACAUGAUAUACAUUGUUGGGGAGGACAAUGAAGCCACACAAGUUGAUUUUGGACCAGCGAAAGAGGAUAAAUAUCAGCCAGAUAUUCUUUACUAUUUUCCGAGUUUGGUUCAAAUCGAGCGAGCUGGAGGCAAAAGGAAAAGAGCUGAGAUGUAA